UUGGAAAUGCCCGAUUUGCUGAAUCGUUCAACGCGGCACGUAAAUAAUUUAAACCAGGAAAGUAGUCGGAUAUGUCCGAGUUUCUAGUGUAGAUUAGCACAUAAAAAAAUGUUAUUCAUUUUUACAUUUGUUUGAUUUAAUACCAAUGUUGAAAAGUCUGUAUACAUACAAUAAGUACAUAGACAAUGAUACCAUAUGCUAGGGGUAACGUUACAACAAAUUACAGAUUAUACAAAGACCUUAAAAGAAACACACAUACUGAUUGUUUUAACAGCUUUCUUAUUAGAAUAAUGUAGAAUAGUCUUAAUGUACUGCUCGAAUUCCUUAUAGAAAUCACGGAAGAGUGUUUUUUUUAUUAGUGAAUUUACAUGUAUGAAUGUGAAACUUUGCCAUUAGCACAAUUAGAUUUAUGAGGUAAAAUGCUAGUACGUGAAUUCAGAAACUGACAAUAGUUGAAAACUGACCGCGUCAACCGCGUCUCAAAUCACUUUCGGUAGAUCGUACUUGUGAUUGGGCGAUGGCUAGGAAAUGUGAAACGGACCAAUCCCUGCAGGGCUUGCUCAGAGGAACCCAGAUCCAACAUGGCGGAGGGAACUGGGUGUAAAUAAACACUCGUUAGACGUUUUAAAAGCUAUAGCUAACAACACUCGCAAUUUUGUGUAUAUGACAUAUUGUACCGGGGAAGUAAAAUGUCAACUGACGGAAACAAGAAACAAUUCUGGAAAAGAAACACAGCUAAGGUCCCUGGCAGCAUACAACAUGUGUAUGGGGCUCAACAUCCUCCUUUCGACCCUCUUCUGCAUGCUAAUCUAAUCAAAGCGGGCAACAAGCCCCAGACGACACCGGGAGGGAAGCCAAAGAAAGCCACCACCUUCCAGGAGUUUGAGAGCAUCACCAGCGAUGCCUGGGACGUGGGGGACGACGACGACGAGCUACUCGCCAUGGCCGCACAGAACCUCAACAUCGAGGUCGUCAUGGAAACCGCCAACAAGGUUAUCGAGAACCACAGCAAGCAGCAGGAGAAGCAGAGACAGGACGAUGCCGAAGCGUCAGAGCUGGAGGAGAGAGAGGAAGAGGACGCAAAUGAAGAAGAGGUGGAAGAAGAGGAAGAGCAGGGGGAGGAAGGAGAGGAAUCAACCCCUGAGGUGUCGUUUGCCUCUGAGCCCAGCCCGCUUGGCGAUGGCAGACUUGUGAAGUCACUGAGUGAGGCCCCCAUCGGAUCACCUAAGGAUGUGUCGCUCCACAGACAGCAGUCCCUGCCCCACCGGCCCACCAUCCCCAUGGUGGCUCGUAUAGCUGACCAGAACACUUCCGGGACCCCAGCCAUGACAGAGAGAGAGGCCUCUCGCCUGGACAAGUUCAGACAGGUCCUGGCUGGACCCAACACUGACCUUGAGGAAUUACGAAAGUUGAGCUGGUCUGGAAUUCCUCGCCAGGUUCGUCCAAUCACAUGGAAGCUCCUAUCGGGGUACCUUCCUGCCAACACAGAGAGGAGAGAAAGCACGCUACAGAGGAAGAGACAGGAAUACUUUGGCUUCAUAGAACAGUACUACGACUCGCGCAAUGACGAGCACCACCAAGACACAUACAGACAGAUUCACAUUGACAUCCCGAGAACCAAUCCCCUUAUUCCUCUCUUUCAACAAGCUUCUGUCCAAGAGAUCUUUGAGCGUAUCCUGUUCAUCUGGGCGAUCCGCCACCCGGCCAGCGGCUACGUGCAGGGCAUCAACGACCUCGUCACGCCUUUCUUCGUCGUCUAUGUCUUUGAGUACAUCAAGGAGGAGGUGGAGAACUUUGAUGUGUCCAGCUUGCAGGAGGAGACUUUGCGGAACAUCGAGGCUGACAGUUUCUGGUGCAUGAGCAAGCUGUUGGACGGCAUUCAGGACAACUACACAUUUGCCCAGCCUGGGAUCCAAAGAAAAGUCAAGGCUCUGGAGGAGUUGGUCAGCAGGAUCGAUGAAACGGUGCAUGUCCACAUGCAGCAGUAUGAAGUGGAGUAUCUCCAGUUUGCCUUCCGUUGGAUGAACAACCUGCUGAUGAGAGAGCUGCCGUUACGCUGCACUAUACGCCUCUGGGACACCUACCAGGCUGAACCAGAGGGAUUCUCUCACUUCCAUCUCUACGUGUGUGCUGCUUUCCUGGUGCGAUGGAGGAAAGAGAUUCUGGAUGAGAGAGAUUUCCAGGGUCUGAUGAUCCUGCUGCAGAACCUACCCACCAUGCACUGGGGCAACGAGGAGGUCAGCGUGCUCCUGGCCGAGGCCUACAGGCUGAAGUUUGCCUUCGCUGACGCCCCCAAUCACUACAAGAGAUGAGUCUGGCCCAUGUGGCCCCUGACAGUUAGCUACUGAACCCCUGACAGAGGCCCCCUGGAGGACGGAUGGACCCCCUCCUCGGCAGUCCACGACCAUUGCUAAUAGUAGAUUAAAACAAAAACCACAUUUAGGUCCCAAAUGGCACCCUAUUCUCUACAAAGUGCAUUACUUUUGACCAGAGCCCCAAGUAGUGCAUUAUGUAGGGAAUGGGGUGCCAUUUGGGAAGCAUCCAACCAGUGCUUCUUGGUAUGUGUGUACCUUUCCAACCGACUGUUCUUCUUAACUCCUCUUCUCUUUGUUCUUAACAAUGAAAUUACAUUUGUGCAACACUGCAACAACAUCAAUGCCUGUCCCACCGAAGUAGACACCAACCAAAAAAGAAAGACCUCCAGUCAGUAUGAUAAUAGAGAUCUUGCUGCAGACCCAUGGAUGACUGUUCUAGACUGUCCUGUACUGUACUAUUUGUCCCUGACUGGCCACAGCAGCCUCAACAUGUCCCAAGACCUAAUUGUAAUCCUGAACUAACCCAGU